AUGCCCGCGCCCCACCCACAAGCCGUGGUUAUGGCUUGGACCUGUUGUAUUCUGGUCGAUUCUUUGUCCGAAAACUUUACACUGGACAAUGAGAUCCACUCUAGUUUCAUCCAGCGACGGCUCAAGAGUCAGGAGCGCAGGGAGAUGCAACGAGAGAUUCUCUCCAUUCUCGGCUUGUCUCACCGUCCUCGACCGCACCUCCACGAGAAACACACUGCAGCCCCGAUGUUCAUGCUGGAUUUGUAUAAUGCCAUUUCCACAGAAGGAGAUGAACCUGGCGCUUUCUCGUAUUCUUACAAGCCGGUUUUCACAACCCAGGGACCCCCACCAGUGACCUUACAGGACAGCCGCGUUCUCAACGACGCGGAUAUGGUGAUGAGUUUUGUCAACCUAGUGGAACCUGAUCAGAAGGUCCAUCCAGCGCAGCAGAAACAUCAAGAGUUCCGUUUCGACCUCUCCCGCAUCCCAGAGGGAGAGUCCGUGACGGCCGCCGAGUUUCGCGUCUACAAGGACUUCGUCCAAGAACGUUAUGAAAACGAGACUUUCCGCGUCAGCGUCUACCAGGUGCUGCAGGAGAGGCCGGACAGAAAAUUAGAGCUUCUUCUCUUGGACUCGCGGGUCGUGUGGGCAGCAGAGGAGGGCUGGCUGGUGUUUGACCUCACAGUCACUAGUAACCAUUGGGUCCUGAACCCUAGGCAGAACCUUGGUCUGCAAUUGGCUCUGGAGAACAUGAAUGGGCAGAACAUAAGUCCGAGAACGGCGGGCCUGGUUGGCGGCAAUGGGCCCCAAAACAAGCAGCCCUUCAUGGUGGCCUUCUUUAAAGCCACAGGGGUCCACCUCCGCAGCAUCCGGUCCGCCUCGGGCCAGAAGCAACGCAACCCCAACCGCUCCAAGAGCCCCAAGUCAGCAGGGUCUAACCAGGAGGCCCUCAGGAUUACUGAGGCUGCAGAAAACAGCAGCAUUGACCCCAAACAAGGCUGUAAGAAGCAUGAGCUCUACGUCAGCUUCAGGGACCUGGGUUGGCAGGACUGGAUUAUUGCACCAGAGGGUUAUGCUGCAUACUACUGUGAAGGGGAGUGUGCCUUCCCCUUAAACUCCUACAUGAAUGCCACAAAUCAUGCUAUUGUCCAGACUCUGGUUCACUUUAUAAACCCAGACACGGUGCCAAAGCCCUGCUGUGCCCCCACACAACUCCAUGGCAUCUCAGUGCUCUAUUUUGACGACAGCUCUAACGUCAUCCUUAAGAAGUACCGCAACAUGGUGGUGAGGGCCUGUGGUUGCCACUGACAACGCCUCUCCUCGGUUAAGGACGCUGAGCAGUCGAGGUCGCUAAAACUUGGGCAGUUGCCUGCCUCCCAAUAUCCACACUUUCCAAG